UAUAAUUAGUGUAAUUGGUAUAAUUAUUAUAAUUUUAAAUUUAAUUUUAAUUAUUAUUUUUUUAUAAUUAUGAUUAUAAUUGUAAUUUUAUUUAAGUUAUAUUUUUAAUUACAAUUAUAAAUCUAAUAAUUAUAAUAAUAAUUACAAUUAUAGAAAUAUUCAAAUCAGAUCAGAAAGAUUCAGAUCAGAAGAAUUCAGAUCAGAUCAGAAACAUUCAGAUCAGAUCAGAAAGAUUCAGAUCAGAUCAGAUCAGAUCAGCAACAUUCAGAUCAGUUCAGCAACGUUCAGAUCAGAUCAGAAAGAUUCAGAUCAGAUCAGAAAGAUUCAGAUCAGAUCAGAUCAGAUCAGAAAAAUUCAGAUCAGAUCAGAUCAGAAAAAUUCAGAUCAGAUCAGAUCAGAACUUAAAAAAUUCAGAUCAGAAACAUUCAGAUCAGGUGAACGGAACCGCUUCUAAAAGUGCUAUUCUUUCCUGUCCACUAAUUAUGUUUUAUUCAUUUGUUUGUCAUUAUUUCUCUUUUUGUAUGGUUUUGUCCUCCUCACUUUCUUGCCUUGCAGUGUGUUUUUCGCGUCCUUGAAUUAAAAAAUGAUGCCAACACUUCUGCAAGUGAUGACAAGAGUGCUACUGGGAACAAGUUUGAUAUUCUGAUUUCACGAGUCUUGCAAAUGAAGAUCAUUCAAGAAGAUCUUCAAAGAACCAGAAAGUCAAUCAUAAAAGAUUUUCUGGCCUCCAAUGCCUUUGCAGAUAUCAAGACUGACUUUAUUAGCAAGGCUAUCCAGGUGUUGAGGGCUUCUAAAACGUGUACGAAAGAGUUGGAUGACCAUUUGGAGGAGUUUAAAAGUUCCGAUGAGCACAAAAAUGUACUGCUUGAUCAUCUCAACAGAUACAAAAAGUCAGAAGAAUACAGGAGAGAGUUAGCCGAUCACCUGGAAAACUACAAGCAUUCCGAUGAACACAAAAGUCUAUUGGAUGAUUAUCUUGAGAAAUACAAAAAGUCUGAAGAACACCGGAAAGAUUUGACCGACCAUCUUGUGCUGCAUAAAAAUUCAAAAGAAUACGAGAAAGAGUUAGCAAUUCAUCUGGAAAAGUAAAAGGACUCCCAAGAGCACAAAAAAGCCUUAGCUGACCACCUUGAGGAGUACAAAUCUUCCAAUGCGCACAAAAAGGUAUUGGCUGAUCACCUUGAAGGAUUCAAGAAGUCUAAUGCACAGCAUAAGAAGUCAGAAGACCAUACGAAGGAGUUGACCAAUUACAAGGGCUCAGAAGAGCACAAGAAAUCUUUAGCUGACCACCUUGAGAAGGACAGAGCUUCUAAACUUCACAAAAGGGUACUGGCUGAUCAUCUUGAGAGAUACAAAAGGUCAGAGGAUUACAAGAAAAAAUUGGAUGACCAUCCUGUGCUGCAUAAGAAUUUAGAAGAAUACAAAAGAGAGCUAGCAAAUGUUGAGGAAAAGUACAAGAAAGAUCUGGCAAAUUACCUUGAAAAGUAUAAGGGGUCCAAAACACACAAGAAAGACUUAACUGAUUAUCUUGAGAAGUACAAGAAAUCCGAGGAGUACCAAAAGGCCUUGGUUGAUCAUGAAAAUACAUUUUUACAGACAAAACGAUGCAAAGAUAUUGUUGCCGAGGAAGUGGUGCGGUCUUUCAUACAAGGAGUGUCAACUGCUCAAUUUUGCAUCUCCGAUGCUCUUCGCAAAUGCUUCCCAGACUUUGAUACUUCUUCCUGGGGCUUUCCAAUAAAAAUUGAAGACCCGACAGGAGUUCCUCCUGUGCCCAGCCUUGUUGAAGAGAUUCUCCCUGCACAUCCUGCUGUUAACAAUCUGGUGAAGUAAUGAAUUCACGAGAUUGUUUUCAAUCCUAGCAAAACAAGAGUGAUGCUGACGUUAGCAACUUUUUG